GUUCUAUUGCCUGCGAUUCGGGGAUCACCACCCCUUGACAAAGUUGACAUUUGGUGCUUUCAAGAGGUCGUCGUUCCCGAAGGGAUCAAGUACGACUCCUCCCAGCACUGGAGACUGGUGGCUGGCAAAACAGAUAAGGACUGGCGAGGUACAGCAGUGGCCUUCCGCAAAGAGUUGGGGACCCACACCCCUAACACCGUGACCCGAGCAGGAGUGAGUACGUGCAUCGUUGGCGAGGGAAAGGCAGUCUGCGGGGUCAUCUCGUACCACCUCCCGCACCAUGCCACUGUGGACCAGGUCGGGGUCCAGCUCGCAGCGCUCGCCCGGCACCCCGCCAUCCAGGAAAGGCGCGUCUGUAUGGGAGCAGACGCCAACGAGUCGUUCACUACCAGAGCCGGGGGCAACACAGCCGUGGCCCACACAGCACGCGGGGACUUGUUCCUAGCCUGGCUUCUGGAGCACCAACUCCGGCUCCCGCCGCAGAGACUUGAGGAACCAAGCCAUUUUCCAUACAAUACCGAGCUCCGGCCGCGCCGCUUGGACUACGUGAUGAUCAAAGGCACCCAUUCCACUACAGUGCACAUCAGCGACUACAGGGACAUCCCGGCCUCGGAUCACGAGGCGAUCGUCCUUUGGACCACCGGCCUCCCGCUGGGGGGCAACCAAGAAGUCCAUGCCAUUCUGCAACCGCAUGGCGAUGUCUACGCUGGACUCAAGGAGGCGGCCUUUGCGGUCACCAUGCCGAGACCGGGGGAACGGUUCAAGGAAAGCGGGGAACCUCAAAAAGCUCCGAGUCGCAGCCCAAUGCGCUCCCGCGGGGACACCCGUCGUCGACUCUGGAAACAAGUCCACAGCAGCCGCAAGAAGGAGCACAAAGCGUGGGCCCAGGACCUUGCAAGGCGAGCGGGAGAACGAUCGUGGUACGCGUACCGGGAGGUCAAGAAUCAGGCGCGCGGGGACAAGCAGUGGGAGGAAGCCCUCACGGACAAGGACGACUGGAGAGAACAACUGGCCAAACACUUUCAAGCCAUUUUCGCCAAGGAGGCCACCGGGGAGGAUCGCAUCAGCCACGAAGCGGUCCGCUACAUCUCUCUCACCAGGCGGGGGCUGGCGAGGCUACUCUGGUUCUUCAACGACGUGCUGUACAAGGGACCUUCCCCCCGGGGCUCCUCCUUCCAAAGACGCGAGCGCCAGACGACUUCGCUGACGAUCACGGCACAGCUCUUACUUCGACGGGGCCUGCCCCUGCUGCGACCAAUUGGGGCCCUCCAAUUUUGCAAAGCUGGCAGCCAGUCUGUUGAACUCAUCCUGGCCCUGCACCCCCUGGCCCAGCACUCGCACGAAUGGCAGGAAAAAUUCUGGAUUAUCAAGCUAGACGUGCGUAAAGCCUUCGACUCCAUCAGCCAAGUCUAUCUCGGGGACCUCAUUGCCAACAAGCUCGGGGACUCGCUCCCGUGGGAGUCACGCACGUGGCUGCAGCUGAUCGGCGCAAGAGGAUUCAAGGUGGUACUCGGGGACGCCACCGUACCGAUCUCCCAGACGAACGGAGUGCGCCAGGGAUCACCGGACUCCCCCUCGCUGUUUUCGGCGGGGAUCGGAGAAGCCAUCGACCAGGUAGUGGAGGACCUCCGGGGAGAACCCCGCCAGGGCCCUGACCCCAAGUUACCCCCAGCGCCGCACGGGAUCGGGGCAUUCAUGGACGAUACCUACAUUUGGGGGUCGUGCCACAGCUGGAUUCAGAAGUGCCUGGACGCGACCCAGGCCCGGCUCCGGCAAAGGGGGCUCGAAAUUAACCCCAAGAAGACGAUGGUGAUGUGCAGCCGCAGCGCCGCUGAAGGCUUUGUGAUCGGGGACCGGACAGUACCCGCGGACCCCCCUGAGUCCAUCAUGCCAGUGCUCGGUUCCCCGCUGACCUUCAUCAAUCAACCGGGGGCACUGGUCUGCGAGAUGCAGCACAGAGCACGUCGGGGCUACCACGCAAAUAAAAAGAUCCUUACGUGCAAAGAAGCGCGGCUUGACGAUAGGCUCCGAUCCUCUAUCACCUUGAUACGGAGCGCGGCACUGUGGGCCUGCGAGACCUGGCCAAUAUCUGAUUACAUCCUCAAAGCUGCGAACAGCAUACAAUACCAUUAUAUCAGAGAAAUCAUUGGCCGCAAACGGGGGCCCCAUGAGGAAUGGCUCUCAUGGCAUCAAAGAACGCUGAGAGAAGCCCGCAUGGAAGUUUACCGAAAGAAAUGCUGCGGGGGCCGCUGGAGCUCGUUCAUCUUGAGGGUGAGAUGGCAACUGCUGGGGCACGUCGCCCGCCACCCGAGCCCCACGAGGGAUAUCCUCGAAUGGCGCAACCAGCGCUGGUGGAACGCGCAACAGCGCUUGCAUCCAACCGUCGGGGCAAGGCACCCGCAUCAGUUCCAUUCCCAGCUGGAUGAUGAACGCAAAGUCAUCAAGACAGCGGGGACCGACUGGAUGCAGCAAGCCCAAGACAGGGAGCACUGGCAACGCCUGCUGGAUACGUUCUUGGAGCAGCAAGAUGUUGAGUGGGCUACAGGCAAGCAAGCCAAGCUCCAGAAUAUCAGGCAAGCCAAGCCACCGGCUGCCAAACGGAAAGCACGAGCCCCGCGGGGACAAUUUCCAUCGGCAGCGUUGUUGGCGAUUACCGGGGGAAUGUGCCCGUAA